GAAAAGCCUGCGGGUGGGGUCGUUUGCCUUUAAAGGGCGGGCCUAAUGCUGCGGCGACGGGAAGGCGGCCAGUGCAUCCCUCUGUCAAGACAGUUCCCACAGGAGUGCCUGCUGUUCGACAUAAAGACCCAUCGUUUCUCACGGCAGCCAGAUCUAAUAAAGCUCGCCCAGCUACCCGCUCUACCCAGGCGACCUAGGGGGGUGCAGCGCCUGGACCAGCGGACAGAGCCGGAAGUAAACACGGCGUCUCCCGUUGCGCAGGCGUGAGAACGUAUCUCCUAUGCUCUUUGCGCAGGCGCGCUGCAGCUCUUCCUGUUGCGUUGAAAUGACGUCGGUGAGCCGCCCUUACAGUGUUUUGAAAGGUGACUGCGCUCCUGGAUUCCUUUUCUGGUAGCUAUGCGAGUUUUCCUUCGACUUCUGACGCCAGUUUAGAGCGGUGCUCCGUCCAUCCUCAGUACUUUAUAUUUUUUCAUCUGCGAGGUUCAGGGCCGGACGCCUGAGGAACCUUAAUAUUUUGGAGCUUCAGGGUCAUGGCAAGGAAGGAGACCGGAAAUGAAGCACAGUUGGCCUUUUCAUCAGCCAAUCAGAGCCAGGAAGUGUCUGAAAAACCAAACUAUGCCCUCAGACUUACUCUAAUGGGGCACGGGGCAGCAGUGUCUUCGGUUAAGUUUAGUCCUAAUGGAGAAUGGCUAGCAAGUUCUUCUGCUGAUAAACUCAUUAUAAUUUGGGGAGCAUACGAUGGAAAAUAUGAAAAGACAUUAUAUGGCCACAAUCUGGAAAUAUCAGAUGUGUCCUGGUCAUCAGACUCCAGUUGUCUUGUUUCUGCUUCAGAUGAUAAAACUCUAAAGAUAUGGGAUGUGAGAACUGGAAAAUGUCUGAAGACACUGAAGGGACACAGUAAUUAUGUCUUCUGCUGUGAUUUCAAUCCACCAUCCAACUUGGUGGUUUCAGGAUCUUUCGAUGAGAGUGUGAAAAUCUGGGAAGUGAAAACAGGAAAGUGCCUCAAGACUUUGUCUGCUCAUUCUGACCCAGUUUCUGCUGUUCAUUUUAACUGUAAUGGAUCAUUGAUAGUGUCAGGUAGCUAUGAUGGUCUCUGUAAAAUCUGGGAUGCUACAUCAGGUCAGUGUUUAAAAACACUUGUUGAUGAAGAUAACCCCCCUGUCUCUUUUGUAAAAUUUUCUCCAAAUGGUAAAUACGUUCUUAUUGCAACUUUGGACAAUACUCUUAAAUUGUGGGAUUACAGUAGAGGAAGAUGCCUGAAGACAUACACUGGUCAUAAGAAUGAGAAAUACUGCAUAUUUGCUAAUUUUUCAGUUACCAGUGGAAAGUGGAUUGUAUCUGGUUCUGAGGAUAACCUGGUUUACAUUUGGAACCUUCAGAGUAAAGAAAUUGUACAGAAAUUACAAGGUCAUACAGAUGUCGUGAUCUCAGUAGCCUGUCAUCCUACAGAAAACAUCAUUGCAUCAGCAGCCUUAGAAAAUGACAAAACCAUUAAACUGUGGGUACUUUAGUACUAAGGUCUUUGGAAACCAUGUACUAAGGCAAAAUUGGCAAAAUACUUAGGCAUUUGAAAACAUUUCUCUGAAUUUUGGAGUGGUUUUGUAUUUCUUUUAAAAUUAGCUUUUGGUUGUAAGAUUUUGAGCCUCAUAGUCAAAAUUUACAAAAUGAGAUGGCUUAUGGCUACUAAUCCUGAGGCCUAUAAGUUUGAUUCCAGUUCUGUUCCUCUGAGGUAUUAGCUUAGCAGGUCAUAGUACUGGGAAUAUGUGGAAGUAAGGUUGACAAGAUCAGAUGAUUGAGGGGGUCAUGUGAGUUUGCAGAUUGUGGUUUGGGAAGUCAGGUGAAUAAGCACAUAAGCCUUGGGUGGUGAUGAGAGAACUGAAGGUACAUGUCAUAUGAUAGCAGCACAUUUGGUGCAAUAUAUUCUACAUGAUAGGAUUCAAAAGUCCAUGGGAUCAAGCCUGCCAACUUGGGGAAAAUGUCAUAGUUAGGUUCAUUCAAAGAUGAAGAAUGACCUCAUAACUACCUUCAUUGGCUGGGUUGUGCUAUCCUAUGAUUUUCAGAGAAACUACAUGUCUUGAAUGAUUAAGAAUACUCUCCUUCAGGACGUAUUGACUCUCAGACUCAAUUCAGAAAUCACCUCUUAUAAAACCAUCACUGCCUGCUUCCCACCUCAAUGGACAGUUAAAUUAAGUUUUCCUGCUACUUAUAGCUUCUAUUGGAAAAUUGAACAUGCAUAUUUGCCUAUCUGUGUUGUAAUGAUUUCAUGGGCCGUGUUUCCUAUUAAUAAAUUCUACAAUCAGGAAAUAUAUCACCUUUUUCUUUUUUCUUGUGAUGAUUGAACCCAUGGCCUUGCACAUGGCAGGUGACACACUGUGUCACUAACUGCCUGAGCUGGGUUCAGACUCCAAGAUCUUCUGCUUCCAUAGUAGCUGUGACUAAGCUUACAACACCAGACCUGGCAGAAAGUAUAUCUGAAUUGUCUUUGUCUUGGUUUUUGUAUGAAUUAGACUCAAAUUUGAUAAAUGAUAUUUCAUUCCUUGCCUGCUUUCAAUUAGCUUUAGUAAUAAAAGCUCCAAGCUAUUAUAUUGAUUAAAUACCCUACCCUCACAUAUUAACUCCAUUCACACAGGGCUUUCACAGGAAAUCUAAAGAAUGGAAAAUAAUUUCUGUUCCCUUUACCUAAGGACACCUAAUGAACAUGUGCAGUAACCAAGGAAACAAAGGCAAAGCUCCAAUCGUUAAGUUUUAUCUGCUAGCCAUGAGCUCCAGCUUGAGCCAAGGCCAUUCAAUGGAGAAAUAGUCUUUACCAGAUACUGUUAACAAACUGCUUAAGCCACAGCAAAAGAAUGAAGCUUGACUUUUAAACCACUUAUGAAAAUUAGCUGAAAAUCAAUCACAGACCUAAAUGUAAGAGGUAGGCCAAAGUAAAACUCUUGGAAGGAAAC